AUGAAGUCCAUGGAACCAUCCUCAGGAGCAACACCUGAGCAACUCAUUCAUGAGAUUUCCACUACUCAAGCAGUCUCGUUGACUCUACCUUUCGGUCGCGCCGUUUCAUUUUCUUCAAUCGGCGGGCCAAAUUAUUCCACCGCGCAAACUCUUGUACAGCAUGUAGCCUACGCUCUGUCGGACAAACUGUUUGCCUACUCCCCGGCUUCUUUCGACCUUGAUGUGGCUGUGAAAUUUUGGUUCGCCCAGUCUGAGAGCAAUGUAAACGGAUACCCGACCACCAUACAGUCUCUGCAAACACGACAAGGGGCUGGGGCAAUUGCAUUGGGCUAUAUAUUCUCCAAAGAUUUCGAUCUUAAAAAACGCCAUAUCCCUCAAUCUAUUCUUGCUUCAUCAGCUACUUUACAAUAUAUGAGACCUACAUUAGAACAGCUCUCGCUGCUCUAUUCGGUUUCAAACCCUCUAGUUGCCCAUAUUGCAGCCGCUGACUACAUUGGUGGCACACAUGGGGGCCUUGUUUCGGACUACACUACGGCCCUAGGACUAUGCGAGGAGUUGGGGAUGGCUCUUGUGGCAAGCCACUCGACCCAUGAAGCUCAGCAUAUGGCGCUUUUCUCGACACUUCUUGCUACAUAUCUUCCAGCAAUCCACAUCUACGACGGGAUUCGUAUUGGUAGGGAAACCACUAGGGUGAUUGACACACUUGAUGUGCUUGGGCUUCACAAAACAUACCAGUCAAUCCUAGAUGUGAUGUCUGGCCCUGAAGAAAAGCACAUGAAUGUGCAAGGUAAAGCAUUGCGCCUUUUAAACGCUUUCAACAGCGAGCUUGGCACCAGCUAUCGACCUUUUGAAUAUCACGGCCACCCCGAGGCUAUAUCUGUUCUUGUGACCUUUGGCUCUGUGGAAUCCUCCUUGGCACAACAGGUCGCCAUUAUCCUUGCCGAGCAAAACAACCGCAUUGGCGUUGUGAAUGUGCGCAUAUACCGCCCAUUUAUCGAAGAGGACUUCAUCGCGGUACUACCAAAAUCAACUCGCGUUGUUGGAGUCCUCGGGCAGGUUCAAAAUGAUUUGGCAGUUCUAGAAGAUGGCGUUCAUGCCGCACUCUACGAAGAUGUUUUAGCAUCCUUGACAUUUAGCACUGAAAUUAUAACCCCGAAAUGCGUUGACAUUAAAUACUCUCCCUCUCAUAAUUGGAGCAUUUCAAAAAUGGCCUCAACUUUUCAGAAAAUUAUUGAUCUCCCUCUCCUGAAUUCUGGGGAGGCUGAGAUUUUACGCCACAUUCCUUUGCUCGACUCUUCCGUUCAGCAGUAUACCUUUUGGGGGUUAGAUACCUCUUUAGCCAAUGCUGCUGCGCUCGAAUUUAGUCAAGUACUCGCUAAAGACUCCAUUUGCAAUGUGACAGCCCAUGUUUCGUAUGAUAAUUUGAUUCAGGGAGGUAUUGUUCGGGCAGAUAUACGAAAAUCUCCCAAAGUUAUUAAUGCACUAUUUUCUAUUAGCUCUGCGAAUGUCUCCUACGUUAAUGAUUUUGCAAUCUUAUCCGCGGUUGACGUUGUAUCAGGAAUUAAAGUUGGGGGACGUUUGAUUGUCAACGCUCCCAGCCUCAAAGACGAAGAGUUGGAACAGAAGCUACCUGGCGCCUUUAAAGCUGCAAUUGCACAGAGGUCGAUUGAGUUGUACAUUCUCAACCCAUUGGAUCAUCAAAAUACCUUCCCUGAUCCCUUAAUUGUUCAAGCAGCCUUCCUUCGUAUUGCACUUCCUGGCCUAGAACAAGUGGGCUUGGAGAAGUUAGGCCUUCUCUAUGGGCCUAAGGCCAAUAUCGAAGGAAUUUUUGCUGGUAUUGAAAGCGUUCUCCGAAAGGUCGAGAUACCAGAAUCGUGGAAGGCUGCUAAAGGUCUCGAGGUUGAGGUAGGAGACCUUCCGUCCAGCAUUCGAGAAACAAGUUUCACAUUGUUCGACAAGACCGAGCCUGAACACUCGUUUAAACUUGAGGAUUGGCAGACACUCGCAAAAAGCCUUGCGUUCAAAGAAGCUUAUGGAACCACAAAUGCAUUACGCCCGGACCUUUCAACCAGGACAUUCACGAUAACCGUCCAAGAAAACCGGAGACUCACACCUCUUACUUAUAACAGAAAUAUUUUUCACAUCGAGUUCGACCUUGGUGAUUCGGGGUUGAAAUAUGACAUUGGAGAGGCACUUGGGAUUCAUGCUGAAAACAACCCUGAACAUGUGAAUGACUUUAUCAAAUACUACGGUCUGAACCCUGAAGAAAUUGUACAUGUUCCAUCUCGGGAAGAUCCAGAUGCAUUGGAAAGUCGCACAGUGUAUCAGGCCCUUACAUAUAAUGUUGAUAUUUUUGGGAAGCCACCCAAGCGCUUUUACGAAUCCUUGGCCGAAUUUGCUACCGAUACAAAACAGAAACAACAGCUUCUCAAACUGGGUAGUGCUGACGGUGCAGAAGAGUUCAAGCAGAGGUCUGAGGUAGACACUGUUACCUAUGCUGAUAUCUUCGAAGAAUUCCCAUCUGCUCACCCUUCCUUGCAUGAUCUCAUUAAGAUUGUUAAUCCCAUGAAACGGCGAGAGUAUUCCAUUGCCUCCUGUCAAAAGGUCACGCCUACUUCUGUUGCUUUGAUGAUCGUUGUCGUGGAUUGGAUUGAUCCGCGGGGUAGAGCGCGGUACGGUCAAGCGUCCCAUUAUCUCAGUAAAUUACAGCCUGGCGCGACACUCACGGUCAGUGUCAAGCCAAGUGUGAUGAAACUUCCGCCCAAAUCUACGCAGCCAAUUAUCAUGGCUGGUCUUGGUACUGGUCUCGCUCCGUUCCGAGCAUUUGUUCAGCAUCGUGCACUCGAGAAGGCACAAGGGAAAGAAAUCGGCUCCGUGCUUCUCUACAUGGGUUCUCGUCACCAGAGAGAAGAAUACUGUUAUGGUGAAGAGUGGGAGGCCUAUCAGGCCGCCGGAGUUAUCACGCUGCUUGGACGGGCUUUCUCCCGUGAUCAACCAAAUAAGAUUUACAUCCAAGAUCGGAUGCGCGAGAAUUUGCCAGAUAUUGCCAAGGCCUACCUCCAGGAAGAGGGCGCCUUUUACCUCUGUGGCCCAACAUGGCCAGUGCCUGAUGUUACAAAUGUUUUAGAGGAUGCCAUCUCUUUGAAUGCGAAGGAACAGGGGAAACAGGUCGAUUCAAGGAAAGUGAUCGAAAAGCUCAAGGACGAGUUUAGAUACGUCCUUGAGGUUUACUAA